AUGGCCGACAACCAUCCCCCCACGUCGGAGUCGCAAGGACAGGGCCGCGGUGGUCGUCGUCGCGGCCGCGGAGGGGCUCCACCCCCCGGCCGUACCGCUGGGGAUAGUGCAGACAGAGGCACCAAAUCUCGUGGGCGUGGCGGUAGAGGAGGCGCGGGUGGACGCGACAGACAAAAUCGCGACGCCGAUCCAUCUUCAGCAACCACCACAAAAUCACCGUUUAAAAACCCCGCAACCGAACGGCCAGCGCAAAAGGCCGCAGCAGCCACCGAUGAUGCCGACGAUGGGGAGAUGUGUUUCAUUUGUGCCUCGACAGUCGAACAUACCUCCGUCUCACCGUGCAACCACCGAACCUGUCAUAUUUGUGCUCUUCGAUUGCGGGCACUAUACAAAAAUAAAGCCUGCGCUCAUUGUCGAACCGAGUCAAACUUCGUGAUCUUCACCGACGAUCCUGUGCGGCCGUUCGAUGAAUUGAAGAGGAAAGACUUUGCUCGGACCGAUGACAACCUCGGUAUUCAAUAUGAGAAUGACGAGAUCUUUGAAGACACCGUGCUGUUACUGCGGUACAACUGUCCAGACGAGGACUGUGAUGUCGCUUGUUUGGGCUGGCCGGACCUGCAUCGCCAUGUCAAGAGCAAGCAUGGCAAGGUGAUGUGUGACCUCUGUACUCGGAACAAGAAAGUCUUUACGCACGAGCAUGAGCUUUUUACCGUUGCCGAGUUACGCAAGCAUGAAAAACACGGUGAUCAUAAGCCUGGUGCUAUAGACCAGAGCGGCUUCAAAGGACACCCGGAGUGUGGCUUUUGUCGUCAGCGUUUCUACGGCGAUGAUGAGCUAUACACCCACUGUCGAGAUCGCCACGAACGCUGCCACAUCUGUGAUCGACGUUCCUCCCACCGCCAGCAGCAGUACUACGUUGACUACAAUGCACUCGAAGAUCAUUUUCAAAAAGACCACUUCCUCUGCCUCGACAAGGAGUGCUUAGACAAGAAAUUCGUUGUCUUCGAGUCUCAAAUGGACCUCAAGGGCCAUCAGCUGGAGUCACACCCAGAUGGCCUUUCCAAGGAUGUGCGGCGAGAUGCGCGGGUUGUUGAUCUCGCUGAAUUCGAUAUCCGCUCUCCAUAUCAGCCACACCGCCAACGCCGCGGAGCCGGUCGAGGUCGCGACCCGAAUGCCGAGCCCCUGCCAGCUUCCAGCGCCCAACCAUUGAGGCGAGACGAAAUCGCCUACCAGCGACAAAUGGCUAUUCAGAGCUCGCAGUCAGUCUCUACACGCAAUUUCGGUGGCCAGCUCACCCGUAGUGAUACCCAACCUGUGCGCGCACCUGCCCGGUCCGCAAAUGCAACCCCCACGCAGUCCACUACAUCAAGGGCCCCGGCUUCUCUCACUGCCGAAUUAGAGAGCAUGAGCCUUGCUGCCAAUGCGGAACCGCUCACCCCACAAGAUCAAGCACGCCGGCUCCGCCACUCCGCUGUGGUUGAGCGCGCAUCGAACCUUCUCCGCAACGAUUCAGCUAAGCUUGCAGAAUUCCGCAGCAGAGUCUCCGGCUACCGCACCUCCACUAUCUCGGCCACCGAGCUCAUCGACGCCUUCUUUUCUCUCUUUGACACAUUCAGCUCCGAGUUGGGGAAACUGAUCAAGGAACUUGCCGAAAUCUACGAAGACGAGCCCAAACGAUCCGGCCUUCUGCAGGCCUGGAAUGACUGGCGCGCUAUCAAUGAGGAUUACCCGGCCCUUCCAGGUCCCGGCGGUCUCCUGCCUGGAAUGUCUCCCGGUACCGUUAACACAGGCGGCUCAGGGGGUAGUCGUGUCCUGCGCCUGAAGUCCUCGACCGCUCAAUCGUCCCGUUCCUCCGUUGGCAGAAGUGGCGCCUUGCCAUCCGCGCCCUCUAACCCUUUCCCUCCUCUCUCUGCCAGUACCUCUGGCCGGCGGAAUAAUGCAGCUUCUUCCACUCCCUGGGCUACCGUCGCCCCGCCACCUUCUCUCUCGCGCCCAUCUAUGCCGAGCUCGUCUUCCCGUUCCUCCCCGUCCACCCCUGCGGGCUCGAGCCGCACUGCCCCCAGCUCUGGUGCCGACGCCUUCCCCUCACUUCCCCCUGCGGCCAAGCCGAACGUCCUCAUGGCGGGCAAGACUCGCGGCACCGUCCGCUGGGAAGAUAGGCGCGGUCCCGCUCCAAGCGCAUGGGGAUCAAACCCGAGCUCUGGCGCUGUCACUCCCACCGAGCUGGUGGACGACGACCUCGCCGACGACCCCAGCGGAGGCUUGAAGAAAGGGAAGAAGAAUAAGAAGGGGAAACAGACGUUAUUCCACUUUGGGUAA